CUUAGAAUUGUAUUUACUUCAAUGACUCAUUUAUACUUUUUUUAACUGCCACUUCAUCAAGCUAAGCAUAUGCUCUCUAAUAUUCUAUUAAUCUUUUUCCUCAUAAAAGACCUUCAUACCAUUUUCUUGUUCUCUUGCUCCCCUCUCUUUGCAUUCUCCAUUUUGUUUUAGUUUUGGUUUACAUUUAGGUUUGAGUUCAGAGUUGGAAAUGAAAUUCGGAAAGAGAUUGAAGCAACAAAUACAAGAAACGUUGCCGGAUUGGCGCGACAAGUACUUGUCGUAUAAGGAAUUGAAGAAGCUGGUUCGGUUGAUCUCUUCGGCCCCGCCGUUGUCCAGUGGAUCAAUUGAGUAUGGAAAAGCCGAGGCUGAGUUUGUGUAUUUAUUGAACAAUGAGAUCGACAAGUUCAAUGUUUUUUUCAUGGAACAAGAAGAAGAUUUCAUCAUUCGACACAAGAUAUUACAACAGAGGAUUGAGAGUGUGAUCGAGAUAUGGGGGCCAAAUGGAAGUCAACCUUCAAAGGCAGAGUAUAAAGAGGAAAUGGGCAAGAUUAGAAAAGACAUCAUCAAUUUCCAUGGCGAAAUGGUGCUUCUUGAAAACUACAGCAAUAUCAAUUUCACAGGAUUGGCAAAGAUACUGAAGAAGUAUGACAAGAGAACUGGUGGGUUAUUGCGGUUGCCAUUCAUUCAGAAAGUGUUGCAGCAACCUUUUUUUACUACUGAUCUAAUUUCAAAGCUAGUCAAGGAAUGUGAAAAUACAAUAGAUACAGUUUUUCCUAUAGAGAAAGAAGAAAGAGCAAGAGGAGGAAGAGAAGCAAUAAUAGCAGCAGAAGAGGGGAUUUUUAGGAAUACAAUUGCUGCCCUAAUGACCAUGCAAGAAAUUAGACGAGGAAGUUCUACUUACAAUCACUUUUCUUUGCCUCCUCUCAAUUUACCUGACUCUGAUAUCAUCCAAUCAUUACACUUCACUUCUCCUAUACCCAUUGUAUAAUGAAAUCUGAAUUAAUUGCUGAAAACUUAUUUACAUUAUGGGGCAUAGCAACUAGCUAAUAAUUGUUUUUUUUUUCUUCUGUAUUGAUGAUCGUAUAAUACUAUCUACGUCGAAAUAUACUUAUAAAAUUU